AUGUCGGCAGCCAUGGAUUCCAAGUCUGCCGCUGCAGUUCUGAUUGACCCUCUCAACGCUCCCGAACCCUCUGCCGAAACUGGUCCUGGGUCGCAUUUUGGUUCGACGUAUGCUGCAGCACCCGCAGUACAGAAACCCCGCAUCACCAAGACGCCGUCGCCGCCAGCUGGUCGCUCCUCUUUCAGCUCGAAGAACCCAUUCCGAGAUGGUAGCGGAAGCAGAACUGCCAGCCCCCGUGAAGAUCCUCCACCCUAUCGCUCACAAGCUUUUGGAGGUGAAUCUUCCCACCGACGAGCUGUGAGCAACAACAGCAAUCCCCGCGCUGGUAGCCAGGGACGCUCACCUCGAGCCUACGACGCAGCCAGCUUGUCUCCAAAAGAACGCGGACAUCGUCGGCGAACGAGUUCGUUGUCUGCUCGCUACCCUGGCGAUACCAGUCACCUACCAUUGGAAUCGAUCAUCAAAGWCAWCAAGAAAGCGCACCGCUCUCCACACUUGAACAAGCGCCAUCUUCCCGGUCCCGAUACGAUCGAUCGAUUAGAUCCCGCAUUGGGAGGUCGUGCAUACCMUCAUGAGGGUCCAUAUGAUGCUGCUUUGUUGGCGAGGAAUUCGAGUUACAAGAUCUCCCCCGUGGCUGCUUUGAAGGAGACGAAUCAGGAGGCUUUGAAGGCUACUCCUCAAGAGAACAUACGCGAUGCACUUGAAAGGCAUAAACCGUUGGACGGUGUGGCUCACAUUCCACCCGGGAUGGUCGAUCGAUUUGGAAGAACGUACAACUAUGAGGAAGGUGCCGAUUUGAUGCACGAGGAUGGGCCAGAUGGACCUGGAUAUAAACGAUGGGCCGGAAAGGACUAUCACAAAGAUGAUCUAAAGGGGAAGUCUGAACCUACCUUCUCCCUUGACCGAGCACUUCAGAGACACACCAUCAAAGACGAAGGGAUAGAGAUGUCGGAUCGCUCGCCCGGCCACAAAAAAUCUGGAUCCAAGGACCUGAGAGAUCCAGUCCUGCUAGCGGGAGGAGAAGGGAAAUAUCAAGAUAUGGAGAUCGCUGCCACCAACGACCACGAUGCAGGUGGCGAUGCCGGCGUGCAGAGGAGUGGAAGCUUGCGGGCAGGAUUGAAGAAGCGAAUUGGAAGCUUGAGAAAGAAGAGAGCCGACAGCUGA